AUGAGCGAUAACGCAAAGAAGCUGGCGAUUCCAAGCCAUUUAAGGCUGGAUUCUUUAUCUUUAAGCUGCAUAUCUACUGGCUUGACUCCAAGGAGUGAGAUAAAUAAAUCGAGUUUUAAUAAGGGGCUAGCAAGUGCAAGAUCAGUAAAUGGGCAAUGUUCAGAUAUACAAAAGAGGCUAUCAGUUCAGCUUCCUUCAUGUAGAUCACUAAGGACUUCUAUGAGGAUUAACAGAAACUCCACUUUAUCACAACUGGGGAAAAACAAUACAAAACCAGACGCGAACCAAGAGACUGGCUUGGAAAAGCAGCCCAGAAAUUACUCUAAUUCAAGCAGAACUUCUCGUACGAAUAUUACAACGCCGAAGGGGUUUGAAUUUGCAACUUCUGAAAGAGCUGAGCAAAGAUUAAAACACAAUAGGUCUUUAUCAUCAGCUUCCUAUAUGCACAAGCCCGAACUGGGUCUGAACCUCCGUCAGCUUUACAACGGAAGGAUUCCACCAGCACCUAUGUCGACCAGGUCAACAUCAUCUAUUGGUGCAGAGUCAAGGAUAAGCACUUUAUCAAGGGCAACAACAGUUCCCAAGCCUUUUAGUUUUGCAACAGACGCUAGAGCAGCAAACAAAUCUAGAGAGUUAUAUGAAAAGUUAGGUUUAAAAGAAAAGUUCAAUGAAGAGGUUCUAACUAAAAACAAGGAAUUUAACGAGGAUAAACGCAUUAAAAACAUUUUAGAAUCUAUCAAGAAUUUUAAUUUAAGCAGCAGUGAUUCCUUAUUAAAUACAAUAUCAACAGAAGCUAAUGGAAACAAAAAUGCUCUUGAAAGCAAACAAACAGUUACCAGAAGAAAUACUACGGUUCCUAAAACUCCAAAGUUUGCGACAAAAAUGCGUUCUGAAAGUAAAAAGGCUCAGCUCAGAGGAGUUUUAGACUCUAUGUUUUCUUCUGAGAAAAGAGAAGUUGAUUCGAGUUUUUCCAGAUCUGAAGCAAUUCCCUCUAUUUCAAAAUUGAAUAUGGUAAAUAAGAUCCAAACGCAGAAAAGAAAUGAUAAUUCAAGCAGUGCAUCGCCUGAGCAAUUAAAAAAGCAGGAUUUCGAGCUUAAAGAGGCACAUGGCCAAAAUAUUACCCAAAAACCAGAAUUGUAUGCAUGCAUGCAACCACCAAAACUUCCCAAAUUGCGCGGUUUUCUAUCAAUGAAUAGUUUGGCACACUUGGGAAGGCCAUCAUUAGGAAUUCUGGAGGGUUCUAAAGAAAAUUGUAAGAAUUCGGAAGAGAAUUGCCCCGUUUUGAGUUAUACAUCAACUUUAUCAGGAAUGAGCUCUAUUAGAAAGAUCAACGAGACAAAUACUACUAUCCCUAGUAACUGGAAGUUUCAGGCAACAAUUGCAAGGAAGCAGCUCCGCCAAUUUACUGGUCUUGAGGAGACAGACUUUUCUCUGAAAGAACUAGAACAUUGUCAUCACACAGAGAAACCCGAGUUUAAGGAUGACGAGAGUAGCCAAAUAUUAACAGAAGACGACCUGAAGACUCCACUACCAAGAAUGCAUAGGUAA